AAUAUGUGCUACUUUCCCCACUACUCUGCAAGGAGCUAUAACAAAUUCAUCGUCGUUCGUCUUGUUUUUGAUAAACUCCAUUAUGCCCGAUCUGGCCACACUGUAUACAACGAAACUCUUUCUCUUAUCGACCAUUCCUAAAGAUGGCUCCGACCGUCGCAAAGAAGCCCAAAGGGCCGACUAUGAAGAAACAGGCUUUGCGAGGUAAAGGACAGAAGAAGAAGGUAUCCCUUAAGUUCACUAUUGACUGUACACAUCCUGCUGAGGACAAUAUUAUGGACGUAGCAAAUUUUGAAAAAUACCUGCACGAAAGGAUCAAAGUUUCAGGUAAAACAAACAACUUUGGUAACAGUGUUACAUUGGAACGUGAUAAGAUGAAGCUCUCUGUCAAUAGUGACAUCGACUUCUCUAAGCGGUACCUCAAAUAUUUAACGAAAAAGUAUCUGAAGAAGAAUAAAUUGCGCGACUGGCUGCGAGUAGUUUCAAAAGACAAAGAAACGUACGAACUUAGGUACUUCCAGAUUAACAGCCAAGAAGAUGAUGACGAAGAAGACGCAGAAUAAAAUUUCUCUUUAUUCUACACACAAUUACAGAGGCAUCUGUACAUAUUUCUAUUAAUAAAUAACUGUCUGACAUGAA